CAAAAUUAUUUACAUUUUUCAAAGCUUCCUUCAUCAAACCAUGCAAGCCCGAAGAUUCUGCCUGUAUCAUAUCUUCAGCAAGCCUUGCCAUUCCAUUCUUUGCCAAGGGUCAGCCAGAGAUGGGUAUACAGCCCAUGGAUCCACUGAAGCUAGAACUCAUCAAGAGCGACCAGGGAGGUCUUAAGAUUAUAUUUAAGGACUCCACCCUGACUGGCCUUAAGGACUGCAGUGUUGAAAACAUCAAAUAUGAUACAUCUAAAAUGAAACAACAUGUUGCUUUAAAAUGUAACUUGGUACUCACGGGAGACUACAACAUUGAUGGACAACUAUUAAUUUUAACAGCCCAGGGUAAUGGCAAAUAUAAGAUUACUAUACAGGACAUGCUGAUUAAAGCUGUCAUCGACAUUUCUACGGUUAAUGGUAAGGAUGGAAAACCUCACUGGCAUAUUUCCAAGUGGAGCUACACUUUUGACGUUUUAACUGGGACCACCUUUAACUUCGAGAAUCUUUUUAACGGAAACAAAGCCCUUGCUCAGCCAGUGUUAGAUUUCGUCAACACCAGUUGGAAGGAUGUAAUGCAAGAAAUAGCACCACCAAUCGUCGAUGCCAUCAUUGCUAAAGUUAUCCAUGGUGUGGAAUCCUUGUAUAAAUCUGUACCCAUUGACCAGCUGCAAGAAUAGAAAAAACAUUUAUCACAAUUAAUUAUGUACUUAAAAUUCAAGAUUUGUGUUAUAAUUUAAUAAAUGGUUUCAAUGAUAA